CGACGGCACGCGAAUGCAUCACAGUGUACUGCUCCCUGUCGUGAAUAAUGUUUGCUCUACAUUUGCGCGGGGCGGAGACCUGGAAAGCUUAUACUCUCAACAACCUGACAGCUGACGAACAGAUCGAUGAGGCUGUCAACCAGUCUUUGCCUGACCGAAUAUGCCCUCGAGGAAAAUUUUAACAAGUGCCUCACUCAGCAUCUGGAUGCUGUCCCCGGGGCCUCUGCUGGUAUUUUUCUCCCUGUGUCUCUGUGUAUCCGGAUACUCUGAAAGAGACAGAGCAGUCGACUUGAUGUCCAAAUAUCCUCUCGUCGACGGUCAUAACGACCUAGCUCUCCAGCUGAGGAUCCUUCACAACAAUCGCCUGAGCCAGGUUGACCUUCAUAAGGUCAGCAAAGUGGCCACAGACAUCAACCGUCUCAAAGAGGGCCACGUGCAGACGCAGAUGUUUUCUGUCUAUGUGAUGUGUGGGGCCCAGCAGAAGGAUGCUGUGAGGCUGACUCUGGAACAAAUAGAUGUGGUCAGGCGCAUGUGCACCGAAUACCAGGACUUUGAGCUGGCCACAACUGUCCAGGAUCUGAAGAAUUCUGAGAUGAGGCGAAAGAUAGCCUGUCUUAUAGGUAUUGAGGGAGGCCACUCCAUUGACAGCAGCCUUCCGGCCCUUCGGAUGUUUUACCAGCUGGGUGUCCGCUCCAUGUCCCUCACACAUACCUGCAAUACACCCUGGGCUGAAUCAUCUUCAAAACUGUACGAUGUCUUUCAAAGACAGAACAACAGCCUGACAGACUUUGGGAAGGAAGUGGUGCAUGAGAUGAACAGAUUGGGAAUGAUAGUGGACCUCUCCCACACUUCCUGGGAUACUGCCCGGGCCGUGCUGAAGCAUUCCGAAGCUCCCGUCAUUUUUAGCCAUUCAUCCUCCUACACAGUCUGUAACCAUGAACGCAACGUACCUGACUGGCUGCUGGAAGAGCUGAAAAACAACCGUGGGCUGAUCAUGGUGAAUUUGCACAGCAAAUUUGUUUCCUGCAGGGACGAGGCAAACGUCUCUCAUGUGGCAGACCAUUUUGAUCACAUUAAGAGGGUGAUUGGAGCUGAGUCAAUCGGAAUUGGGGGGGACUUUGACGGUGCAGUGAGCUUCCCUCAGGGGUUAGAGGAUGUGUCAAAGUAUCCUGCCCUAAUCCAGGAACUCCUGAAUAGAAACUGGACAGAGGGUGAACUGGCGGAUGUCCUACGAAGAAACUUCCUGCGAGUGUUCGAAGAAGUGGAGAAAGUCCGUGAUAAGUUGAGCUCUAAACAUCCCAGUGAGGUUCACAUCGCUUUAGAGGAAGUGCAGAAUCCCUGCAGACUGGUCCUCAGGCGACCUGACCACAAAAUACUCACCGCUGAGCUGAAAACUUCCUCCAGAGCAGAGCAUGGAUCAGCAGGUCUGCCGAUCCUGGCCACGUUUUUCCUGCUUUCCAGCCUAUUUUUGAUUGAAUGAAUACCUACUGUAGAUGUCUUUCUUAAAGUGCCUUUUUUUAACAUGAAGGGAAGCUGAAUAAGUUUGAUGUGGCUAUUUGUGGGUCAGCACUUUAUGUGUCAGUAAGGAUCAUGGAGUUAAAUCACUUUCUUACAGUGCAAACAAAAACAUUCAAUGUUUGACAACCCUAACAUUAACCCCCCACCCCCACCAUACACACACACACACACACACACACACACACACACACACACA